GGCAUGUGACCAACGGUCGCGGGAAGUCCUUUGCCACGCGCGUGAUAGGAAGAGGACUACUCUUGUCUCAUUCAAACUUUUUUGUAAACAUUGGUAUGGUUUUAUUGCGGAAAGACGUGUUUCUGUUUCGCUGAGCUUUCGAAAAGGUAGUGACGGAUACCGAUACCCGACUGGACCCGGCGGUUUGCUAUUUGUUUCUAGUUUAAGAUCAAUUUUGGACGUUGCUCUGUGAAAUACGUUGCCAGCUAAGUUUAACGUUACUCCGUGGCCAUUUCUCAGCGUUGGAUGGGCGUGUAGGAGUUAGCAAACAAGUUAACAUUUUGUGAGAUCUUAGCUGAGCUUUAAAGCGUUUUACUGCAGUUUUGGGACAUUUUUAGUUAAUACCUUUUUAAGGUAGUUAGAAGUUUACUGGUUUUGUGGGGUUUUUUACGAUAAACGCCACUGCAAUUGUAGUGGAAGUCGAACCGCGUGAUUUUUUUCCCGUCGACGAAGCCGGGGUUUAAAUCCUGAAAAUGUCGAGCUACAGUCGCCAUCGUCACGGAUCCCCCUCGCCGAAAUCUCGACCAAUUCGUCAAAAAUUACAGUUUACAUCCAGCGACGGGGAGGACGACCCUAUUGAGGACGUUAACAACAGUACCGGGGGAGAGUCUGGCUUCACGGAGAUGGAUUCCCCGAUGCCAGUGCGACGAGACGCCGUCGCCAAACGGCUGGAAGGGAACAGCAGCCCCCUGAACCAGUCCGGUGGGGACGACGACGUGGAGCUGUGGGACGAAGAAAGUUUUGGCUCCCCGACCCACCUGCGGUCACCAAGCAGCGUUCUCUUUGCCAACUGCUCACCGUCCCCGAGGAAAACUUCUCGGCUUUACGGAGGGUCACCGGAGCGGUCCUACGUCCAGGACGACGGGGAAGGAUCCAGCUCCCCGAUCCCCGACUGCCCCGACACACCUCCACAUAAAACCUUCAGAAAACUCAGACUUUUUGACACGCCGCACACGCCAAAGAGUUUGUUGUCCAGAGCCAGGGGCACCAGCACGGGAUCCUCCAGCAGGAGAGUUGCCCUGUUCAAGAAUGUGGAGCCUUCAGGAAAGUCAAUCACAGACAGCAGCAGGAGGCUGCAGACCCCUCUGGUCAACUUUAACCCCUUCACCCCUGACUCACUCCUCAUCCAGUCUGCCACACAGCAGAAAAACAACAGGAAACGAGCACACUGGAAUGACUCUUGUGGAGAAGACAUGGAGGCAAGUGACGGCGAGGGAGAGGAGGAGGUCUUGCCCCCAUCCAAGAGGAUCACCAUGAUGGAAAGCAACAUGAUGUCCAGGUACACCUCAGAGUUCCUCGAGCUGGAGAAGAUUGGCUGUGGGGAGUUUGGUGCUGUGUUCAAGUGUGUGAAAAGACUUGACGGUUGCAUCUACGCCAUCAAGAGAUCAAAGAAACCUCUGGCAGGAUCAGUAGACGAACAGAACGCCUUACGGGAGGUGUAUGCCCACGCAGUGCUGGGCCAACAUCCCCACGUGGUGCGUUACUACUCGGCCUGGGCCGAGGACGACCACAUGCUCAUCCAGAACGAGUACUGCAACGGCGGCACGCUGUCUGACGUCAUCGCAGAGAACUACAGGAGGCUCAGCUACCUGUCGGAGCUGGAGCUGAAAGAUCUGCUGCUGCAGGUCACACGAGGACUCAAGUACAUCCACUCUACUUCUCUGGUGCACAUGGACAUCAAACCCAGCAACAUCUUUAUUUCACGGAAGUCUGUAGCCAGCUGUGACGAAUGUGAUGAGGACGACGGACUGACCACCAGUGUCGUGUACAAAAUAGGUGAUCUCGGUCAUGUGACAAGAGUGAACAAUCCACAAGUGGAGGAGGGUGACAGCAGAUACUUGGCCAAUGAAGUUUUACAAGAGGACUACAGUAACUUGACGAAGGCAGACAUCUUUGCUCUGGCCCUGACUGUUGUCAGCGCCUCGGGGGCGGAGCCUCUUCCAACCAAUGGUGACAAAUGGCAUGAGAUCAGACAGGGCAAACUCCCCGCCAUCCCCCAAGUACUUUCUCCAGAGUUUCUCAGUCUUCUCAAGCUGAUGAUCCACCCUGAUCCAAGCAGACGACCUUCAACCUCUGACCUCAUCAAACACCCGGUGCUCCUGACGGCCGCCAGAAUGAGUGCAGACCAGCUCAGAGUCGAGCUCAACGCCGAGAAGUUCAAGAACGCACUGCUUCAGAAGGAGCUGAAGAAGGCCCAGCUGGCUAGAGCUGCAGCAGAGGAGAAGGUUUUGUCCACCGACAGGAUCCUCACCCGCUCCACAGUCCAGUCGAACUCCAGAACCUCCAGACUCAUCGGCAAGAAGAUGAAUCGAUCGGUCAGCCUCACCAUCUACUGAGAUUUAAAUCCGCCCUGACGGGAAGUGAAUCACGAAGGCUCAUGGACCUGUUAAUCAGAACCGUUCAGAUGAAACGGUCUCUCUUUCUUUUCAAGGAGAACCCUGUCAGUUGCUCUUGUUGGGUUCCUCCACCCAAACAAAGCUGUAGACUGUUAACCACAUUGAACUUGAACUCGUUAACAGUAGACUCUCGUUGCCAACACAGUUCAGCCUUUUUUUCCAAUGAACUUUGGGAAAAAGAAACAGUCAUUCCUCAAAGGUAGUUACUGUACCUUUUACACUCUGUCAUUCCUUAUGUUUGCAUAGAUGUCAGGCUCUCUUCCUCCAUUUCUGUCAUUGCACUUCCCACGACAAAGCCGAAGCCUGUUGGCAGCGGAUCAGAGCUGCAGUGAAGCUCUCUUCAGUGUGAAUGUACUUGCCGUAGCCGUGCGCACCUUACUGCCUGUCAAACGCCUGAUGCUGGGUACCGGAGGAUCUGAGAACUGACGAUUUCUGUGUUUGUAAUGGAGCACUUUGGAGGCAACACGUGGAACUUGCCAAAUUCUACUUUUUUUUUUUUUUUGUUAAAGAAAAAAAACUGCUGCUAUUGAUGUUUUGUGUGUAUCAGGGUUUGGCCAGUUUCAGGUUGGAUCAUUCUAGAGGUCAUGGCUCUUAUUUCCAAGUAGCAGGAGUCCACCCCACCACCUAAUAUCUUUGUCUGGUCAGGUGGAAAAUGGAUCAUACCAUAAUCAUUUGAGGAAAAUCAUCCAGUUGGUUUGAAGUACCAAAACCAGUGAGUUAAGAAUGGAUCCCGCGGCGUUUUAGUUUCACCCCGUCGAUUGGUGCAGCCAACCCUGCCUGUAGCAUUAGAACAAUCAUCGUCCUGUUCUCUGGAUUCUCAUGUCUUCUGUUAUUUUCUUUUCCCACAAGGCUCAUCUUCAGUUGCUGUUUAGAAGUAUUCCUCAUCUGUUUGUUUCCGUUAUCGCUAACACAAAACCCCCUUUCUGCUGUUGUAACCUGUACAUAUGUUCUUUUAAUAAAUUCACACUGUC